UUUAUACUAAUAAUUUUUCAUUGUUACAAAAAAUAAAAAUAAAUAAAUUAAAUAAUAAUUUUGCAUAUUAUUGGUCCUGCAGAUUCAUGAGUCUAGCCAAGGACAAGCGUUUAAGACAGGUCCAGAAAAUGCAUAUCGAAAUCCUUCAGUCCCCAUGGCUCUGCGAGCUUACGGCGUUUCACAUCAACCUGAAAGAGUCUCAGAAGGACUACUCUGGAGCUGUUUUGGCUUCUCCUCCUGCACUGUUUGAUGGUUGCUCUUUGGUGUUUGACGAUGGAAAGCCUUUUCUUUCCUGCGAGCUUUCUGAUUCUGUUAAAGUUGACAUCGACUUGACUUGUUCAAUAAACUAUUAGUUGACUUGGUAGUAAUCUCAAAAUAUAGAACAAAUAGUAUCAGCCUAUUAUGAUAAAAGUCUUGGCUCUCUUGUGUCAGAUUCUAUUUCAUAGACUAAGUCCUUUUUAGUAUCUUAUUGAAGAAUCUUGUAUAUAAAAUAAAUCUUUUUAUAUGAAAAGAUUCUUCAACUUAUGGGUUACAAUUGAUGGCAAAAAAAAAACAGGACACGGUGUUUGAUCCGAUAUCUCUCACCUGCGGUCACAUAUAUUGCUACAUGUGUGCUUGUUCUGCUGCAUCAGUGAACGUAGUAGAUGGUUUGAAAACUGCAGACCCAUCUGAAAAAUGCCCGCUUUGCCGUGAGGUAUGUGUUUAUAAAGGUUCUGUUCACUUGGAUGAGCUAAGUAUCUUGCUUAAGCGAAGCUGCCGAGAGUAUUGGGAAGAAAGGCGUAAAACAGAUAGAGCAGGGAGGUUACAGCAAGCCAAGGAGUAUUGGGACCAUCGAUGCAGAAGCUUCACUGGAAUAUAACAACUUGGUUUGGGAGAGACAUUCGUACUUGAAGAUUAUUGGUUUUGAUUCAUU